CACUGAAUACCUAAUAUUAUUCUACCUCUUGAAUAGUUUUUAAAAGAAUAACGGUCUCGUUUAACGGUUUAAGAUCGAAUUUUCUCGGCUGUGACUGCGCUGUAGCUAUGUUUUUGGUUGGAAUUUCGAGGCAUUUCAUUGUAGCCCAGACUCUAGUUGUACUUAUUGUUGGACAGUGGACAGGUAGGGUUACUAUGGAAUUUUUUUUAAAAUUCUCUCUUGUGCGCUCGUUCAAUAAUAUAGACAGAGGAUAGCAGAAUGUUUUACAACUGCUUAUACAAUGAAUGCUACAAAAAUACGCAUCUAUAUCACAGAGCUGGCUUUUCCUCAAACGAUUAUUUUUUCCUUGAAAACACGCAUUUCGCUUUGCCCCCGAGCUACCCUAUGAGCAGAGGUUUCUUUCCAGUAUGGUUUUUAGCAUGAUUUAUAAAACAAGCAAACUACGCGAAUGUCAGCGACGACGCGAACGACUACGUAAAGGCUAAAAACCACAGAGGAAGAAACCCGUGCUAGAAGGGUUCGCCCAAGCGACAGGGACACCCAGCAACUUUUUUCUUUAAAAUAACUGUUCGAAGGAGAAAAUAUCGCCUAGCAAUUUCUAAAGCUUGGGAAAAGCUAAAAAUGUCUGCACAACCGUUCCAUUCGUCUAAAAUAUUUGAAGGUUUUCCACUUGCUGGACUACGAUUUUCGGAGGUAGUGUCAUUCACAUUUUCAUACUUAGAUAUUGCGAUUAUUGUUUAAAAAGGGCUCCUAGAAUUUUAGGUAUAAAGAAAAAACGUCCCCUAUAACUUUCUAAUGAAAGCAAGGCUACUUCAUGUCCUCGAACUUUCGACCGAACCCAUAAGGGUGGCUAACGGGCGCGAUCCAUUCAACCAAAAUUCCGACCGGUCCGACCGGGAAAAGUGGUCCACCUCAAUUGGUGGACCAGUUUUUUCGAAACAUUUCCGAUUGGACCGAACCGAGCCAUUGAGUUUUAGACCGAAAUUUCCGGAAAUUUUGGUUGAAUGGAUCGCGCCCAACACUUUCGGAUGAGACGAAAAAGCCACCUAACACUUUCGUGACGACCAAAGUUCCCCUAAGACAUCCGAACUGAUAAAUAGCUUUUAGGAAAACUCCAGUUAACCAAACAGGCUUCUAAAGCAUAGAGAAAACCAUCUGAGACACUUCUGGCGUAUUUGGAAACAUUCGGUCGUUGGGUGCCCCUGAAGCAAAAUUAUGCCGACAAUUAAGCAGUCUUUAUUUUCACGAGAGAACGCUUAAGAGCAGUUGUCUGUAAGAUUCGAGCUAUAUUAAAAAGGCGCUGCCACACUAUCUCACCGAAUUGGCUAAAAAUUGGCAUGUAGACUUGAUUUGAGGUCUUUAAUAAGGAAUAGGUAACUUUAGGUUCUAAUUCCUCCUACUUCGGAAAUUAUCGCCAUGGCCGGUUUUUGGGUGCCUCGGACCGGCGCCAUAUUGGUUAAUAGAAGCUACUUUUGAGCCUUCGACUACAACCCUGUCUUCAAAGCUAAUCUUCCUUUGCCAAUACAGAUUGAAAGAACAAUCCCUCUUUAUUGUAUUUUUAGAAACUACUUCGAAAUUGAUAACGUUUUCGCAACGAUCGAUUAAACUUUUGGUGGGUAUACUUUUUGAAUUUUUACACCCGCAAAAUUAACAGAAUUUUAAAGGCGUAUAUCUCUUUUGCCACAUCGCAUUGAAGCUUGCCAAUCUGCCUGAAUACUCACUGUUUGUAGUUAAAUCGAGUUCAUUAAUAAAAAAAUUGGGCAAAUUUAACGGAGCAGAAACAAAAGUAAUGAAUGGAAGACUGUUCUAGCGACUUUGUCAAUAAUCUGUACACCGAAUAUUCGCCAGGUGUUGCCAAAAUUACAAUCGAUAAUAGAGUUUGUCAUUAAAUCUGAGUGAUCUGUGUAAUAAAAUUAGCCUCUGUAAUAUAAUCGAUAACUCUGCUGCGAAAAACAGUAUAAAAAAAGGCAGAUUGUUUAAGGAAAAGGAAAAUGAAUUUGUUAUGUUUAUGCUAUGACGCGUAAACAAAAUUCAACCAUCACAGUCGAACUGGAAUUUUCCUGAUUUUCCUCCAGUUCCUUUACCGAAACCAGAGCUUUUAAAAUUAACCAUAGUAAUAAAAAUUGAGAUGUAUUACCUUACUCGACGACAAAGUUGCCAGUUUUCACCUUGAUCGAAAAAAAGUAAUAUUUUCCCACGCAUAUCGCGGGUCGUCACGUUCCUUGCCUGGCGUUACAACUCACGUGAAACCGCCUGGUUUCAAACAACUGAACUGAAGAAUCCGUGAAAAUCUUAGCCAGGCAAUAAAUAAUGGAAGUUGAUAUAAGUUAUCAUUAUUAGUGAGCGAGGAUCGAUGCGAUGAUAGUUCCAGCUACAUGUGUUUACAGCGUUUGAAGAUUUACUCAAAACUCAUGAGACAUGAGCCCUUGAAAUAAACAUCAUUACUUCCGGUUUUAAAAAUUGGGCGUUGGCAAAGUAAUGAAUAGACUCAUUCUACCUUGUACACCGUUAACAACGGUUCCGUGUACAAUUUUCAGGUAUUUUGUCUCAAUCACGAAGCCCGUUUUGAGGAGAUUCUUGAUAAACAGAAAAAUUGGUUUGGAAGGGGUUAAGAAGAAUGAGGAUGAGCCCAGGACAGCAAAAACCACAGUCACCCCACCGAAGGGCUUUAAAACUGUGCGCAAAUGCCUCACCCUAGGGACAAUUCCAGAUUUUUGUUUCCUUGAAAAAGCUUAAAAUCGCUAGACAAUGCAUGGACAACUCAAGACAGUCCUAAUUCAAAAUAAAGUAAACAGCAAAGAAAAUUCAGUUAGAGACCAGCGUGUUUAUCCGAUAUCGCGAACAAUAAGGAGUGAUUGAAGAUGUGUCUGCAGUUUAAGGUAAAAUCAUUUACCAUGCUCACGGACCUUUCGACAACAUAAGUGUACCGAUUGACGUAAUAUCAGUGGUAAAAACGAACGCUUUUACUGUAGGACGAUGACGUCAUCAUACAAAAGGCGUCUUCACUCUGACAUCCAGAAUUUCAAACAGUCAAAACCUAAUUUUCUCUGCUCGUCAAAUGAAAAACGCCUCUGAGGACAAGUAGUGGUAAUGUGCUUGUUAGUAAGACGUCCAACAUAAGGAGACAUUCAUAAUCAACUCGGUUAAUGCAUUGAUAAAGGGAAACUUUCUCCUUUACCCUUAGGGACAGAGUUCAAAGGCGCAAAAGAUUUUUAGUUCAGCUCUAACAUGUGUUGUCUAGCGAUUUGCCUUGAGCUUCUCUAAAUUUUCCAGAUCAAACAAGCUGUGCCCAUCGUACAUAAUCUUGUCUGGGCUCCCUUGAAAAAUUGCAAUUCAUCAGAUGCCUUCAAGUUCAUCCUCCGCCGCGACAACUUCGUGAUCUAUUUUAAUGGGUGGUUUUCUGGAACUAUCCUAUGGUUUGUCCUUUCUGGUCGUCACUAUAUUAGCGAACAUGUUUCAAUUUCUCUCCAGCAAAAGUCUCUAUCAGGAGCGUGGCCAGGACUUUCCAGGUGUGCGGAAAAUUUCCAAAACUUAGCCUAACAUCUUACUCAGUUCUCUCGCAACGUUUCCCCACUACAUUUGCUAAUUCUGUUAACUAGGUUAGGUUAUGCGUGGAUGAAAUGGCACUUGCAAUCGGUGAGAAAAUUAGGUUAGACACUUUACCCUCAAGGACGACUCUCACGUUUUGCUGACACUUUCUACCUUAGAAGAGAUAAGUGAAGCUUUGCCUUCCCCACUCCGUGUAAAAAAAUGUCGUUCGGCUGUUCAAACUACUUUUAGGAAACAACAAACUUCCCAACUUUAAUUUUUAAUAAAGGUAUAAGGGUAGGAAUCCAAAUUUUUUUGGAGUAUUUCACUGAUUUUAAUAUGAUGAUUGUAAAGUAGUGUCUAGUGAGUACGGGGGCUAAUGCCCCAUCGUAAAAAUGUGAAAUUGAAAACAAAAAUCUUGUAUAACCGAGUAGUACACAAUUUUAGUUAUUUUAUUGAGUUGUGAAAAAUCACAAAUUUGUUUCUUCUUGAAUGUGUUAUACUCUCAUUCAUUCAGUCUUUCCGAUAUGCCCGUCGGAUAGCGGAAGUUAACGUAAUGCACCUAUCAAUGUAAACCCCGUGGGGAGGUGGCGGGCAAGGGGUGGGGAUUUGACAAAUUUUAAAAUUUUUCGAUCAAAUUCCCCAGGGUGGGAAACGAAAGGUCAAUCAAAAGUGUCAAAAAAGCCCCCACCCCAGGGGAAAAAAUCUAAACAAACAAUGCUAUAAUACUAUAUAAAACGAAUAAAAGAACAUUUCAAACACGUUGUUACUACUUUUAUUUACGGUUAACGGAAGCUCCAUUAAAUUACUCGCUGUAAUUAAGUAUUUUCUCUCUCCACUAGCAUCUCUUAUCUUGAACAACAAAAUCACUUCAGAAAGAUUGACAUCUGCUCAACAUGUCGGAACAGGUCGGAUCAGUGACCCAUAAAAAAUCCUCUGACUUUCAUGGCGGAAUUCGAUUUCAAUCGAGGUUUACAAUCAGAUGGGAACUUGAAGAUAAGAAUUUCCUCAAAAUAGACAUUAUCUGUUUAGAUGACAGUUUAAAGUAUCGCAUUAUGGCAAUUAAAACAAAUGAAAACUUCAUACCUUUCUCCAACAACGUGACUUUCAGGAAGCCUCGAGCGGGGACGGACUUGCUAACUGCUUCUGAAUUGAUACCUGACUUCUGUCGGUUAAAGUCAAAUGUCCCGACCCCGGGGUCGCUUCGCACGAUCAAAAGCCGGACAGCGGGGAUAGUCCCAGGCAUCAAAUCCCUCCCUUGCCUGCACUCCCCGGGAUUUACAUUGAUAGGUGCAUAAAUGAUCGAUUACCUGAAAAGAAGCUACCAUCCUAACUUUCCACCUUCGGGUCUUUUCCCUAGCCAUAAUGUUUUUCCCUCAAGGAAUUUUUCUCUGUUUUACAUAAUAAUUGGUCUUGCAUUCAGCUUAUCGAUUUUGAGAGCCUAGUCCUAUGCCGUAUUCUGAUGCGAUCUACUUUAUGUAGCUUCCCCCCCAUCUAACAGCUCCUUACUGAACAAAAACGGCUUUAAUUGAGUCUAUUCACUAGUCAAAGAACUAGCCAAUAUUUUUCCAGCGGUAAGCACAAUGUUCCUAAUUCCCCCUAGUCCCCUUCUUAGACGCUUUCAUGUACAUCAGGUGUUAAAUUUUCUUUUCAUAAGCUACAAUGCUCAUAAUCGCUCAUUCUGAUGUCAUUUAUGCUUAAAAAGUUAAAAAUUAGUUUAUCGAAGAAAGAGUGAAUUAAAGGUGUCAUGAGGCGUUUGUGAUUUCAUGAACUAUUUGACGCGGUCCUUUUCUUACGGCUUAUGUCCGUUGGUGAAAUCGCUACUUGGGUUUUCUUGGAUUGAAAAGGGCGGGCUCUUUCUAAAGGUGGCGUUGUUUAUGGGACCUUAGUAUUCAGAACAGAAUCAGUCGAUGGCAAACAACGAAAAGGCUUUUAUGUGGUAAGUUACAGUGAUGAACCUUGCCUCGAGAUGGUCAUAUUUUUGUACAUACCUUCAUGCAAUUCAGUGUUGGUCUGAAAAUUUUUUGUUAUGGAUGGGGGAAGGGUGGGGGAGGGGGAGAGAUCAGAACAUGUACCUCGUGUUGUUUACGAGACAUUAAAGUAAUGAAAACUGUUAAACAGUCUUCUACGAAUCAAAAUAGUUGUAAAUGCUUACGGGAGGCCCUAACUAUAUGAUGAUAAGAAGGGCUAUAUUUGGAAAGGUGCAUGGUCGUGGAGUUAAGGGGAUUUGACUAAUCAACCAAUUUCCCGCUAAACCUGCGCUAAACACAAGGGCGUGGCCAGUGGCCCCAAAAAUUGUGUUCGCUCGCCCCGGGCUGGCUCGACUUUUGGGAUACGGUUAUGGGGUUAUAAACAAUGAGUUCAUCAUCUAUGUAGCCUACUCGCCCCAAGUGACUGCAUUUCGCUUUUCAGAGACCCAUCAGUUACUGUAUGACCCUCUCCGAUCAGAUUUUAUGUCCGUGGUACUGGUGGUGAGGUCAGUCUACAAGCAGAGUCGUGAAAAACACCGCCACUUGAGCCUUUACGUUCAAAACAUUCCUGGCUAUCGGGAAAAAAAGAAGGCGCCUUCAAAAAUACUAAAUAAAAUGUCAUUUCAAAUAUCACUUUGUCACCGUUCGAAAAUUAUUGUGAAUCAGACCGAAUGAAAGUUCGCUCAAAGAGGGGAGGGGGAGGGGGUUGGUAGUUCUUAACAGUUACAGUUAGCUAGAAAAUUAAAAGUUACGAAAAAAAAUAGUGGGCGAACUGCAGAAUACAUGCACGAAUGAGAAAAGAAAAUAGAAAACAACUUCCUGUUCAAAUUCGGGUGAAACUUUUAAUAGCGUCAAGAAGACUGAACUUGAUUGAGGUUGUUCAUUUCAGUUCCGUUCCAGCGUGCAGUUCCUUGUCCUCCUAAAAAUAGCUUCGUCUCCCACCGAUCAUUCCAUGUCAUAUUUUGCGGACUCGGACUUAUUAUUCAGUAAUGACGGUACGAUCAGUUAAUUUGACUUGAUGAGUUCUUUAAUUUCAUUUCAUGUACUAGUUUUAUAUCUUACGCGGGAAAGAUCUGCCAAACAGUGUACAUUAGCAAAGGUAGGUUCCUGUUUACACGUGUAAUUAUCGAAUACCAUACAAUUUGCAUAAAGCUACAGUGCACGGUUGGUUUUUCUAGCCUUUUGAUUAAAAUUGACAACGUUUGCGUUAUCUUUGCCUAAGAAAAUAUGUAAUUUGUAGCUGUAUACAGCGAAAUACUACAGAGAAAAUUGUAACUGUGCAGUACACGAGCGGCUCCCGAUUGGUCUGGGAAAUCGAAGAGCGACUUUGAGCUAGUACCGUGUGUAACAAAAUUUAUAAUUUUCAUUUUAGCGCAUAUUUCAAGCUCUUCGCAAGAUCAGAAUCAAAAGAUCAUCUGUUUACAUUACAAGGGAGGGUUUUUAAGCGAUAGAGAGGGUUUAAGAGGCACGAUCAAUUUUUAAAGAAUUUUCUUUUCAAAUAUUCACCGAAUUUUGUUUUGAAGUUUUAGCGGUCAAGUGGCUGAACCACUGCGCAUUCAUGCAAUCAUAUUUCUGUUCCGUUGCAUUUGCCCAAUUAUUUUAUUCAACAUUCUAACUUAGCGAUAAACAAACUAUGUUUACUUAAAAUGGCUUAGUCUAAAUCGAUGUGGCAUGGGUGAUAUUGGCCUUCCAAUUUCUACCAAAUUUGUGUACCGUUUACGUACCGAAAAAGUGCUGUGAGAAGUUAUAGCCGUUCGUAGCUCAGGCUUAACCAUUUUCAGAUAAGAGUAGGUAAAUGAAAGGAGGAAGGAUAGUUCUUUGCAACUGUAUGAGUCACGAUUACGUUAUUUUAAUGAUAAGGCUAGAAUUAAUUACUGUAAAUCUCCUUCAGUUCACCAACAUGGCGGCCGCUCGAGGCCUCGUCAAAACUGUCAUUCCUGUAUCUUUGAAACCAACGAGAAUUCGAACCUUAGAAUAUGCAUUCAGCAUUUAGGACACCAUUCUAAGACUACAUGCCAAAAAUCAGCCAAAUCGAUGAGGUACCGUGUCAGGCCGAAGUUCGAAUUUUACAGAAAAUCACUCUUAAAAAUCUUUGGUUAAAGCACCUGUGUCGCGAACAUUUUUUGAAGUCAAACAUUGGGAACCACCACCAGACUGAGUGAAGCAUAAAAAUAACUUCUCAAAAAGUAAAAAGAAUGUAUAAAAAACACAGAAAAUGCAAAAGAAGGCUCGGAUGGACAAACUUGGUGAAGAUUAAAAAUGAAUUGCAUUUAUUGUUUUUGAGAAAUUGUUAGCCUAACAGUUCUCAGGGGAACCCAACGACGGUUCCUCCUAAAUGCAUUGAAAACACUUUUUAGGCUACCCAGAGUACUUUUCUUUAGAAAUACAUUCUAAUCGGCGCUAUAAAAUUUAAAUCUGUUUGGUCAUCCUAGGGCAACUUGAGUCUUUGCCGGGGCUUCAGUAUUAUUUUCCCAAAAAUUUUAGAUGCAAUUUAAAGUUUUACGAAAGUGAGAAUUUUUCUGAUUCCUCUUUCCAUCGCAUGUUCGAAUCCGAAAAUUUUAGGUUUCCUUUUUCUGCGAAAAAUAGCUUAAUCUGGGGAGUGGAAUACAAAAAUUAAACUUCAGAAAAUAGUGGCGAAAUUUAUUAGAUAAGCUUCGAAAAUUGGACAUGAAUGGAACAGCCACCUAGACAUUCUUAGCCUUCCUCAAGGUAUAGAAAACUCUACGCAAUUUUUUCUUCUUCAAACAGAUAUUUUACAGAAAUCUGUCGUUAGGUGCCACUGAGUUCUCGCAAAGUUCAUUAUUAAUGUUUUUUGUAACGUUUGAUAUACUGCUGAGGAUGUAUUUGUUUGCCACUAAGCUUGAUUUUAUCAUUCACAUGUAAUUUCUUAAGUUCCAGGGCGAAUAAGAACGCGCAAUGAACUAGACAACAGGAACACAGCUUCUUAAACAAGAGCAUGGGUAAUAGAAUAAACUUUGCAGGAGCAGGAAAAAUGGCAGCCUUAGCUAUGAAGUACUUAGUUUUUCUUAACCGUUUUCAAUCGUCUCUCCUUUGACUGUAUUUUAUGUGUGCAAUACCCGGAUCAAGCCGUUGUUUCCAUAGUGUGAAAGGCAGGGCGUGGAACAAGGCUAGACUCAGAUUAUUCCGCACCCUCCGCGAAAUGAGCGAAAGGAAAAAAAAUAUUUACACCUACGUACAUACAAUACAUUUUAGCUAAGCUUCUUUAAAGUUUUACCCUAUCUUAAUAUGACAUACUUAUAUCAGCUAAGAUUUUAUAGAUGGAGAUUGCAAGAUCUAAGAAUUGUUGUUUAUUUCAUUAACAGGCUGUCACGAUAAUCGUGUGGCAAACGGAAAUUGUCCUGCUUGGGCCAGCAGAGGAGAAUGUCAGAAAAAUCCCAGAUACAUGCUUGUGUAUUGUAAGAAAAGUUGCCGCGUUUGUGGUAAGUCACCCUAGAAAAUUAAUCACAUUAAGUAGUUUUUUUUUUCAAAAUCAAGGCACAAACAAACUCCGCUUUAUGGACACCCGCUUAAAACAGACACCUCAUUAGUACAGACAGUUUUCUUUGUCUCUGGGAAAAGCUUAGGUAUGCGCAACUCCUAUUGUAACGGUUACACUGACCGUGAGAAGUCUGAAGACGAGAAAAGGAGAAAAAAAUGUGGUAGAGUGUUGCCUGCCAAAAAUCGAAGAGUGUGGACCGCGUCCUUCACCCUUGUGGACCGGUGACUGGACCCGGGGUCCCCUGGGGGUUUUCGUCAGACAAAUUAGGGACCUUAAGCGACGACGACGACGACGGCGGCAGUGAAAACGUCGCUAAAAAAUGAAUUUGCGUUCUUUCAAACUUAAUCGCGUCUAUUUGGACCCGCUCAAUAUGUCAAAUGCAGGCGACUUUUCCUGGAGUUGAAUUCUUAAGGAUUUUAUUCAAGUUCAAAAAGUGGAAGGAAAAUUCGUCGCCGUAUGUCCACGUCCUCCAUAAAACGUCAAAUUAGGGACCUUAAGAUCCGACGACGGCGACGGCAACUGGAACGCCACAAAAGCAAUAGGUAUAAUUAGCAAAACAACAAUUUUGCACGUGCAUCACGCUUUUUUGUACAUUUCUUUGCCGUCACUGCACGACUACGACGUGAAAAUGCCUAAAUUCACGAUGUACAGAGGAAGUACACAAGCGACGACGAAAUUUCCUCUCUCUUUCUGAAGUUAGAUAUGGUGCUUAGGAAUUCAACUUUAGGAGGGUUCGCCUACAUUUGACAAAGUUGGUGACUUGGAGUAAUCGUGAUGAAGAUUGAAAGAACGCGAAUUCACUUUUUCAGCGACGUUUUCUCUGCCGUCGCCGUCCUCGGAUCUUAAGGUCCCUAAUUAGGAGGUUUCACGUCGUAGUCGUACAGUGAACGUCAAAGAAAUGUACUAGAAAGCGUGAUGCAGGUGCAGAGCUGUUGUUUUGAUCAUUAAACCUAUUGUUUUUUGAAGUUGUCGUCGUCGUCGUAGUAAUAGUUGCUUAAGCUCCCUAUUACAAGGCCAGUGCCCUAAGGAAAUUUUUUGUCAUUUUAACUUUCCGACAUGGAGACAAGCCGAGCGCGCUGUUGAACGCGCUGUAAGUACUGCAAUCUUGCUUUUAUGCACGGUUUAUUCGAAAUUUUUGCUCUGUUUGUUAUUCCGUUUUCCAGGUUUGUUGUCUGAAUCUAGAUUUUGUCGUUGUUCUUUCAGACUUUGCCUGUCUAGUUUUAGUUUUUUAAGUUUGAAUAAACAACACUUACCAAGCAGCCGUGCGGUAUAUCAUCGUUUUUUUAUUUAUUUGUUUGUAUGCUUUCAUUUCUUUCCGACAUGGCCUUCUAUUAUUCGACUUCAAUUCAACCGGCCAUAAGAUUCGUAUCUUUAAAUUUGAUAUGAGUCUUUAAAAAGCCUAGAUAAUGUUCUUGUUUGAUUCCGCUCGACUAAAUUAACUUAAUCAUUUGCCGACGGAGAAAAUCUCUACUACGAAUUUGUUUUUUUGUUAUUUAGCUUUCUCAAAUUUGCUGAUUCUUUUAUCCUUGUUUAAAACAAAAAAAAGAUAAUAUAAGCUUAAGUUUAGAAUGUUGCAAAGUUUAGUUUUGGUUUUGUAUAAUACCAGUGAUGUAUUAUAAAUUGAUUUUAAUUUUUUUUUUAGGCUCAGGCUCCGGUUCCAGCUCAAGCCGCUGUACUGAUUCAAGCAGGAACUGUCGCAACUGGGCCAUGCAAGGAUAUUGCAGUUAUAACUUGUAUACCAAAACGAACUGCAAGAAGAGCUGCAACCUCUGUCGUGAGUGACUUUGUAACAUACAUUUGUUCACUUUCUUGAUAGUUAACGCAAAACUUUGCUACCUUGUCAGACAAAGAACCUAAGAGUGCACCUUGAACACUGGUUUGGAAAAAACGUUAUCUAGCACUUUUAAAACUCCUUUAUUUCGGUAUCCUGAGAGAACAAUGAACAUUUCGCGAUGCCACUGGCUUCCCCGAACGAGAACAGAAAUUCCAUACUGAUGACGCGUCACUGCCCAGGUCUGGUUAGUGCUUCUGAUUGGUUGAAGCAAAUUUUCAGACAAUCAGACGCAAAACCCAGACAUGGGUAAGACAUGGGUAGUGUCGCAUCAUCAGUAUGGAAUUUCUGCCCUCAUUUUUCAGGCCUCAUUUCACGGGGACACCAGUGGUGGCGUCGCGAGAUGUCGGCUAGUUUUACCUAAAUUGUUCUUAUAAUUUUUGCAAAAUUUUGCAAACAGAGCUUACUUAUCAAAACUCCCCUUUAAGUUUAACUAAAUGGACCGAAAAAAAAAGUUACCUAAAGAUUGUGAUAUCUUUUUUUUUACCGUGUAUUCCCGAAAUCAUGUCCCGGAGCUCAGCUAUUUUUUUAAAGGCCUUUUUCAAAAGGGCUUAUGGGAGGAAAUUUUGCCUUUAAGGAUCCCAUGGGGUUAAAACGUGUUAGGGAGGGGAUUUUGUGUCAGCAUUUUUUUCAUAGUCAUUUUAAUAGGCCAUUUGCUCGAUGGCGUCAUUUUACCACUACAACUAGAAUUCUUCACGUUUUUCCUUUCAUAUUUAAUUUUGGCAAUCUCAGCGAGGUUUAAACAACAAAAGCACUAAUUUGCACAAGAAAGCAAAACCCUGAAAUAUUCUGGUCGUAGUAGUAAAAUGACGCCAUCAUGCAUGCAAAUGGGCUAUUUUGAACAAGAGAAUUCGCGACGGCCUAGUCCCUUUGUACAUGCAAUCCUGAACACUCAAAUCAAUUCAGCAUAUAUACCACAAAUGUCAUGCCAGUGUUUUUGUAUAUGUUGUAGUUUAUAAUUUUAUCCUUGAUUUAAAUUUUAUUUUCCUUUGUUUUUGAGUGUGGUAAGGAGUUUGAAACAAAGGAAAAUAAAGUUUACCGUAUUUAUUCGAUUAACCGCCCUGGGCGCUUAUUAAAUUUUUGGACCUUGAGAGUGGGCGCUUAUUCGAGGUGGGCGCUUAUUCGAGGCUGGGCGCUUAUUAAAUUUUCACCAUUUUCAGCAAGUGUAGUAUGUUAAUUUACAACAAUACAGUAAAUGGUAAUAAUAAAAAGCGAAGAUGUAACAAAGCAAGGUUUCUGUAAAAUACUUUGAAGAAAACUCCGUCUUCGGGCAAGUCUCUUAUUAGUACUUAUUUAAGGCUUUUUGGUUGGGAGCCUGGAAGGGACCAGAAAGGGGGUUGGCGCUUAUUUGAGUUUGAGUUUGAGGGGGGGAGGUGGGGUGGGGGUGGGCGCUUAUUCGAGGCUGGGCGCUUAUUAAAUUUUUCUGCCUUCAGGAUGGGCGCUUAUUCGAGGUGGGCGCUAAUUCGAGGCUGGGCGCUUAUUCGAAUAAAUACGGUAAACCAAGAAUAAAAUUGAACCACAACAUAUCAAAUAAGCGUCUCAGUUCCUAUUUACAUUUGUUAGCAGUGACACGAAGUGGCCUGACUUUUAGUGGACAACAUCCUCAAAACCCGAAAGAUUGAGUGGGAAAAAGUUGUUGCAUCAACAAAAGAAGAUCGGGGAGUAUUGAAGCCACAAAUGCAUUAAUUGAUACAAAUGUAAUAAAGCCCCCAAAUGUAAAAAAAAUUAACCAAUAUUCUUCUGCAUUUAAUCGAUCCAUAUAAUCUCCUGUUUUAAUAUUGCUUUGUUACAGCUGUCAAUGGUAACUGGGCAAACUGGGGAAGUUGGUCAAAAUGUUCCAAGAGUUGUGGUGGAGGAUUCAAAACAAGGAGUAGGACGUGCUCUAACCCGCGUGCGAAGAAUGGAGGUCGUAAUUGCGCGGGAAGCAAAACUCAGACAGCCUCAUGUAACGCGUCACCAUGUGCGAGUAAGCAUGGCAUAGUCAGGGACAGGGCACUACGGGUAGUCUCCUUUUUUUCCCGGUCCGUCGAGCAAAACGCGCAAGAAACGAAAUUGACCAAGCGCAGCCCUUUCUUCUUGCGUCUCGCGGCUUUGCUCGCGCGCACGUGAACUCCCUUCGCUAAAUCUGAAGAAAAACUGAGGCAGCUCUCAGUCUAGAUCAGGGACACUCAUAAGAUAGACAUCAGGGAAAUACGAGAUUUUACUUUCUAACUGAUUAAACUAUUCACAGCCCUUUAUUCUCUUGUCUUUUUUUUUUUUUCAUUUAAUCAAUGCGCAAAUUGCACGUGUGUAUCACGGAAUGCGAGUAGUUAGAGGGGGUUGGUGUUGGGUGGCCCAAAGUUAUUCUGUUUUCUCUCUUGCACACUGAUUUACCCCUACCGUUUCGUGCAACGCACAAGUUCGAUUCAAACAAAAUGUAUUGCAAAGAUCAGCGCAAGACACUCCUGACAAAAACAAAGAAUAGGUAGUCUAGGUCAGAAGGAUCGCUGAGUCACUUCGCCUCUACUUAGCUGACGCAGUAUAUGGACAAGACAAGAAAGAUAAUGUUUACUAUAUUGAGUUUUCAUUUUUAAAGUCUUUUUCUUGCUCCUGUAGUUCACGGUAACUGGGGAGGAUGGAGCACAUGGUAUUGUUCUAAAACCUGCGGAGGUGGCUACAAGUACAGGAGUCGCACCUGUUCCAACCCAGCUCCUCAGAACGGGGGAAGGAAUUGUCCAGGAUCCUCACAGCAGAAGCUUACGGCAGCUUGUAACGUACAAGGGUGUCCAGGUAUGGGCUCGCUUAAUCAACAUUACUUUCAGUCCAGCAUUUCAUGGGCGAGCCAACCUCAGCGCGAAGUUUUCAUUCGUAUCUAAAAUGAGGCCUGCAAGAGGAAUGCUUCAUUUGGGCAGUUCAUAGCCUUUCAUACCUCUACACAUUUAAUCCCGAGAGGGGAAUGAACUUUUUGCGAACUCAAUUCGCUCGAAAACGAACGAGUGCUUUCUUCUCGCUGGUUCGGUAAACACGAUCACUUGGGAAAUUUUUAGUACGGCUAGCAGUGAUCCCAGUAUCGGGAAACCGAGAUCUCGGAUAACUGGCCUGGCACAGUUGUCAUGUAAUCGUAAAGUUGAUUUCAUUGUGUUUGAGAAACUGGCCAAGAUUUCGGCAAGCUUAGCCUUUCGCGUGGCAGUCAUGUCAUGAAUGGGCUCUGAGAGGCAAAUGUUUCUUGUAUAUCAUAUCGGUUGGCUCGCCCUUCGAAUGUUGCGCACUUGAAAGCUACCUCUUAACUUUACGAGUGAAACUUUUUGAGCACCACGGUAAGGCGGCAGUUUACUUUAUAGUGGUUGGAUAUUUUUCUUUUGCCUUUGAAUGCUGCGUACGACAAGUGGGUUUUUUUUGUUUUUUUUUUUUUUUUUUACAUUUCACAAUAAUGAUUGCUUUUUUCAUUGGUUUUCUUUCAAGUUAAUGGAGAGUGGAGUUCUUGGAGCAGUUGGACAAAGUGCUCUAAGACUUGUGGAGGUGGCGACAAAAUCAGAAAACGAACCUGCUCUAAUCCAGCCCCUGCGAACGGUGGUCGUGGAUGCCAAGGAUCAAACAAUCAGUCGUCGAGCUGUAACAGUCAACUGUGCCCAGGUAAGGAAAGAUACGUCCUACAGUAGAUUCUCGAACACCUAACGGUGACAUUGUCUUUUAUUUCGGUAAAGGUUUGUUAUGGUUUCCUUAGUAGUUAACCUGCUUAGCUCGCGCGCAAUAGGGACGCUUGUAGUCUCAACCACCAGCCGCUGUUUGGUCAAAAGAGCUCGUGCUCAUCCCCUGAACGUGACAUCCCGGCGAGGGGAAUGGAGGUUGAGAGACUGCCAUAUGAAUGUAAACUGGAUGUCCGACGGAAAAUUAGAAUCAAACUUGAGACGAUCUUAGACCGGGCUCGAAUUCCAGAUCUUAAUUAUGAAUUUUCUUGAAAGUUGUUUAAAAAUUAUUACAAAACAACUAAGAUAGUACGCGCGUUCUGAUUGGUUAAAGACCUGUGGUUUAUUGUGCCGGUAAACUCACAGAAAACUUAAAGUUAUUUUAUAAAAGCAAUACACCACACUUUCUAUGGGUUUACCGGAGUGAUAACCCACCUGGAAUGUUGGGAGAACUCUCAAAACGGUCUAAGUCACUGGCCUUCAGCUCGUGAUUUACAAGCUUUUCUCGUGGUCUCCCAACAUCCCGCGUGGGUUAUCACGCCGGUAAACCAUAGAAAGUGUGGUCUAUUGCUUAAAUGUCCAACACUAAAAUGUAUUUAUCAAGACCUCGACAACGUAUUUCCGGCUGUUGCUCUGUAUCCUUACCCGGGAGCCAACACGUGGAACUAAGCUCACGUGACAACUCACGCUUCAUACCACGUUCCAUCUUCGAUGAUUUGAUUUGAAUGUUAUGCCAUUAAUUACGACCGUCAUGUUGUUGUUGUUUGACGUAAUGCCUCAUAAAGAACAAUUUUACCAAAAAAUUUACCGACGCUAUUAAAGUAUAACUUAAGAAUAGUGUUACCCUCUUGUGUUAAAAAACAAAUGUUAAAUAAUUGAUGAACAUACUCAAAACACAUCUGCUACACAGUUGAAAGUGUUAAACAUUGUCAUCCAAUGUAAGGAUGUAGACUUGGCACCCACUGAACCGUCAAUUUUUCGAUUGAUCUCAAAAGGCCCGGGGGUACUUCCAUGUAUACGCUAUUAGGCGUGGGCUUUGGAAUAGGGUGUGGUUUUUGAGGCGAUCAGAUAUUCAACAGGGCAUCCAAUUCGGCUUUGUGAUCCUUUGAUAGGGUUCCGUUAAAUCGUACUUGCUAAAUCGCAGGACAACUUCACUAACCGUUUAAAGCAUUAACAAAACGCCAAAAGAAAAAAAUAUUCACACAUAGAAACAACUGGGUUGCUCAAUUCUACAUUACUUGCGGACAUAAAUGGCUGGACUACAAAUAACCCAUACCACUGAUGGGGGUAAAAAGGUAGAGAAAAAACUAUAAUAACACUGGCUUCAUUGGCAAAAGCCUUUCCCGAGAGCAAGAAUUCCGUGAUAUUGUUUAACUUUGUAAAAAAUCCAAACAGUUUUUCUUUGAGGGAGCUGAUUAUGGGAAAAAUUUUAAUUAAAAAUUCUGAAAAUUUUUUAGUUAAUGGCCUUUUAUUUAUCCAUCAAAAUUGUUUCUCUUAUUACGCAACAGCGUCUAAUUCCCCCCUGGGCUAAAACAGUCAUUUGAAUUGCUGUGAAAAAACGAAAUAACAGAAUGCAUUAAUCUCAGGAACACUUUUUGGAUGCUGUUUUUUCUCUUUGUUUUUGUUUAUUUGUUUGGUUUCUCUACAUUUUUGGGUGUGACUGUUUUGUUCGUGCGGCAACUAGAAAGAUUUUUAAAAUUCGUGCAUUGCGGAUUUUUCAAACCGCAGCUUUUUUGCCACUCUCUGUUAAGCUUCUAGCUGAGGAUCAAUCAGCUUUGCUCCGUUUCCUGAUGUGAAAUGAAUAAGUAAGUGCCAACUCACGCGGCUUGCUUGCAUGACCCACGCGAAGAUACAAGGAGCACAAUGGUCACUUUACUCUUUGAUGACAACAACCUCACUGGAAGCUUUGUGUUUAAGCACGCUUGUGGUGUAUGUUCAGCUUUUUAUUUUACUUUUAUACAACUGAACCUUUGCAAGUUGACACAUUUGCAACAGGAAAUAGCAUAACAUUUAAAUCACACUUUAUUUUUGGAACCGGAUAAAAUUCUUUUUCGCAUCCUGGUGUUACUGCUUUAAGAGUUUCUCCUUCCUGGCAAGAUUUCAAGGUAUCGUUUUUACGCGGAACUCCCCUGAUGACGUUAUUUUUCUCACCACACGACUGGCUAACUUACUCAGAUGACGUGAUCAAGCAGACUGAAGGAAUUUUUUAAUGUGAUAUUCGAAUAGCCGAACUUCAUUUAAUGGUUGACAGUUCGCGAUCGGGACAUUUUGAUUCGAGCUGCCGAGACUGAACGCUCCUAAGACUACAAGAUGGCCUUGGUUUUCAAGCUCUACUUAGUGGCGAUGUUUAGCUUUGUUCUGUUAACGCGAAAUGGAUGCCAGGCGACAAAUGUAAGUACCAUUUUUGUUGUCUUUAAAAGUUAAUCUAGGGAUAGACUUGUUUUUAUAACAGCAUGAUGAUCGAGUUUCAUCACCAUCGAGUCCACUCUUUUCUUUGAUUUCCACACCAUUGAAGCAACCUGGUCCUGGUUGUUCAAACGUUGGAUAGCGUUAUCCACAGGAUAAAUCACUAUCCAGCGUAUAAAUAAUGGGGAAACUAAUUGCACUAUCCACUGAAUAGAGAUUUAUCCGGGGAUAGCGCUAUCCAGCCUUUGAACAACCGAGACCAGAACGCAGCAAAUGUUAGCAUUCAUAUUUAAGGCUAUUCUAAAUAUAGGAUGAUGAUAAAAGCCGGCAAGGUCACCCUUCUAAGAUCCAUGGUUUUCAACCAAUAAAGUUGUUUAGGUCAUUUCGGAGAGUUUUUAAAAGCCAACUUCCGGCUUAGUAUAAAAUACAGUAUGAAUUGCUUCAACUAAUUGCCGUACAAUAACUUAGAUAAAUCAUAAGUGUAUGUAUGAAUUACGAAUUUUUAGUGAUUCAACAUCAGGAUCCAGUUGUUUGAAGGCUAAUUACUGCCAACCCGGGGUUAAAUUUAGAGCAGCGUUCCUGUUUCUUUUUUUUCAAAAGCAAUUGAUUUUCACAAGUUAUUGUAGGGCAUACAUACGUCAGAUUGUAUAGACUGUUAGAAUUUACAGAAAUUUGCUUUUGUAAACAUUCAGAACUGAAUUCAAAUUUGAAAUUAAACAACUUUGAACAACCCGUGCAAAGAUUUCUUUGUCUCGAGGCGAAAGCUGUUUUUCUGCUCUUCCGCCCAGUUGUAAAAUUUGUCAGUCAUGUUGUAACCUCAGCGUGGUAUAAACCUCAAAGAAUCCAUCACCCUACGCUUGCUGCACGUGACUUCCUUGUCUUCGGUUUUCAGAAGCAUUAGAUAAUAUAGUGGAACCUCGAUAUAACGGAGGGGCAAAUGGCCUGGCAAAUUUUCUCUAUAAUAAUAUCAAGGAUGUUUUCCAUAUAUUUUACUAUUAGUGAGGCGGAGAAUAUCGUUCUUAUAUAGAAGUUCGUUAUGUAGAUAUUUUUUUUCAGUCCGUGCCGCUGACGUUUUCAAAGGAGAAAGGAGUUUGUUCAGAUGUGCGAGAAUACGAAGGGCGCGCGCGGAAGUGGCCUCUUAGGCCUCGUAUCCCUGAAUCCCUAAGGUUAUGACUAGAAUGAAUACCCUAAAAAUCAGGUUGAACAUUUCAUGCUUAUUAACUAACUCUAUACUCCUCCUAGAAAACUAUACAUAAUUAUUGCGAAUUUAUUGAUCGGCACAUUUUUUUAGAAAAGUGGGAAAAUCAAAGAGAGACUGUUUUGCAAGAAAAAGAGUUAAAUCCUGGGUUCAGCACCGAAGUAAUCUAAAUGACCAUUGUCAUUGUCAUGUAAAUACGUUUAAAUUAACCGGUGUCGGCAGUCAGUCCUCGAUGAUUUUGUGAAUUCGGAUGAGAAUUAUAAAUCAAAUGAUGCGGGUUUAAUUCUUACAUACUCUUUUUCUUCUCUUUUCUUUCUUCUAUUAUUUACUACUUAAAAUUAAAACACUUCUUUCAUGCAUUUUGAGUAAAGAUGACAGCCUGAUUUGGUUUAGCCAUUCUAGUUACUACCUUUUCCUCAAACGCCAACCACGCAGGCUGUGUCGUUUCAAGUAGCAGCUCCAAAACUUCGUGAUAAAAUACUGCUCGGUACAUGAAAGGCAUAUGCCAAAGGGGCUGCCUUGUAACCAGGCGUCUCUCUCUCAAUGAAAAUUUGCGCGCAAAGGAAGACGGGAAAGAGGAAACGAGCGAGGCGCACUUCGCCUUGCUUCUUUCUCUUUCCCAUGGUCUCUUGCGCUUCGUCACCAGUCACUCAGGUUUCGCGCUCCCCUCUGCGCCUGAGCAGGAGCCAGUGCCAACGGAGUGAAGUUAAGACUACGGUUAUGAGAAGUCUCGCUAACAGCCGUUUUUGUCUAGAGAUUAAAACAGCUGAGAGGGAGACUGUAGGUUAGAAAACCCUAAAAAAAAAUCAGCUAGCUGUGGAGAGAAAUGGCUAGAGUUUGAGAAGUUUCUUAAGUAGUUUCUUUUUUUUUUCACUAGUGUUCGCGUAUUUUUUUUCGCCCGGACGAUCCCUGAAAAAUAAAGAACUUAUCAAAGCCUAAGAAAUUACACCUUCUUCCAAAAUGGAGAAUUUUAACAAGCUUAAAACUUUUUUAGAUUUAUCCAGAAGAUUUUUACUAUCACGAUGAAGAAAUAAGUGGACACAAUGAAGGCGAUGAUGAUGACGAUGAGGAAGACGAGCAAGGUAAUAGAAAUGAUUUCCACUGCGUGAUAUGCUUACACCGUAUUUGACUUCGGGAGUAAUACCUCUUCACAUAACUUGAAUUUUUCUACUUUUUUUGUAGUACGUACAAUUCGGAUUUUCUUGAGUUCUUAUUCUGGAUUCCUAGGCAGUGAACAGUGUUAGUGUAGGUGGAAAAGGUUGGACAGUACAGAAAAAAUAAGAAUAUAUUUUGCGCGUUGAAACAACACGCUGAAUCUUUCAAACUGGUUGAAGAAAAUCUACACUGAAAUAAAUGUUAGCUCGACCUCCAACCUCCAAAAAAAGAUAUGAUUUUUUCAUGCAGAAUUUUUUUUAAGAUCAAAUCUGCCGUUUUGCGUUUUUUCAGUCUUUAUACCGAUUAUUCCUGCCCACUUACUUUGUCAGGCAGUGCCUAACAAUGAUCUGUAUGGCAUUUUACGAUAAAAACGUCAGUCUUUUCACGUCUUGCAAAAACGGGAAAGAAAUGUACAAAAGCGUUCGCCCUUUUCAAUUAACCUUGUUUUUUGACGUUUUCGUUGUUUUUCCGCGUCUUUGGAUAUAAAGAAACACUGCACUGCUUUCAUUAAUUUUAUCACUCACUUUUUGAUGCAGAGAUUCACGGUAACUGGAGUUCUUGGAGCUCAUGGAGUAACUGUUGCGGCGGAAGAGCUUACAAGCUACGUGAAUGCAACAAUCCAUCCCCCAAAAAUGGAGGAAAAUCGUGCGAAGGGCCUCGACGUGAGACUAAAGAGUGUACUUCCGGUAAGAUUUCCCAGUGUCUGUAGGUCAGUUUUUAGAUUAAUAGUUAAGUGACAGAAACGUCUGUUUUCAGGCGAGAUUGAAGACUACAUUAGCUGUUGCUAUGUUUUUUUUGUAACGAUUUGCUUUGUGAUUGGCUACAAAAAAUCUCGCGGUUCGUCCUCAAUCCAGGUUUAAGCAGUCACCAUAGCGACCGCAACGGGAAAAUGAUAAGCAAAACAACAAUUUUGCCAGAGCAUUUUCUUAGUCUUUAGGCCACAUUAUUCCGCUCGUCCAAAGCGUUUCGGGUCACUUGGUGCAAGCGAAAAUGUGAGCGUUUCCCGCCCGUUCGCCUCGGAUACGUCACGGAAGUGAAUUGACCGAGAGGGCCUGGAAAAACGCCGUAUAGGGACUAAGCAACCAGAGCACCAGACUUUUAAUCAAAUGUCUUUGCCGUCACUGCAUGAUUACAACGUGAAACUUCCUAAUGCGCCGUGUUUUACGGGGCCUAGACAUACAACAGCAACGUUUCUUUCUCUGUAUCAACUUGGAUACGGUUCCUAAGAAUUUGACGCCACGAAGAUUUAUAUUCAUUUGGCUUGACAUAGAGAAUUUGCAAACAUUUCACUUGACUAGAAGCUGGAAUAAACGCGAUGAAGUUUUUUUGUUUCCUAGGUUACGUUUUGCUGCCGUCGCCGUUGUUGUUUCUUAAGCUGUCUAAUAAUACCUAACAUCAACUUUCUCAGACACGUUUUCAUACGCUCGAACGUUUGCAUAUAUUUUGUAAGUUCACUUGGUUACCAAUGUCUUUUUUCUUCAGAUUGCGUUGUCAAUGAGUACCUUGAUAAAGUGGCCUUAAAAAUUAACUCAUGGUUUCAGAGGUUGUGUGAGAGCGGCUUGUAACAAAUUAAAGGCAACAAAAAAUAUAUAUACAUUGUAGUAGAGAUAAUAACGAGUAUUUAACCAGGGUUUAAUUUUGGCUGACAUCCAGGGUUUGCGCUUUUACCCCGGCCCCAAAGUCGAAAUGCAGUGUGAUGCAGUGAAUCCACUUUGUGGCUUUAUUGUUAAAGCUGUCCUUUGGCAAAAUAAAAAUUGAGGAUUAGAGACUGUGCAAUAAUUAUCAGGAGGGGGGGCUGAAAAACUAGAGGGGAGGGCAUUACAUAAAAUUGCUGCCAAGAUAGGGGGGGCUCAAAGUAAAAUCACUCAUUUGACGGAGGGGGGCCUUAAGUUUUAUUCGAAAUGUAAAUAAAAUUAAACGCAAUAAAAGAUUCUCAAUACAGGCAUCAUGAUAGACUGUAACAAAUAUCAACACGAACAGCUGUUAAACGAUUAUUGAAAAUAUUCCAUCAAAAUGAAAAGCAAAUUCACAACUGACCAAUUUUAACCCGUCUUCUAAUUAAUUGAGCUGAUCCUAUGUAAAGCAAAAAUCAUGAACUUGUUUUUCAGCUUCCCCCAUUAAACAAUGGGAAUCAAACAGAUCUCGUAGACAAGCUUUGUCGGUUUUUGAUGUGAAUAAAAGUAAUGUUUCUUCAUCGACUGAAUUGAUUUGCUGAAUUCCAUAUAUAUGUGACUCGUAACAAAGUUCAACAGCCUCUCCUCCCAAGGAUCUAAAUAUAAUGCAAGCUCUUUUUCGUCUGUUAUUUGAAGCGUUCAAUCUCCUGUUCUUUGAUUUUUUUUCUCUGCUCCUUUCUCUUUCUGGCUUCAGAAAUUUUAGAUUUUGAGCCAGUGUGGUAAGCACCCCGGUACUUAGAAAAUGCUUUGUCUAAAUCUUCAAUCAAGCGAUCAACAUCCUUCUCGAUACUAGAUGUUACAUAAUAACGUUUGUCAUUAUUGAAGCUGUGAUGGCAGUUCAGUCCAGUUUUGAGUUUACCAGUGUGGUGGGAGGAGGGGGGAUGCGACGUUUUGUUUAACAUAACAGAGGGGGGGUUAGAACUAAUUUUUUUUUGUUUUGGAGGGGGGUACUGUCUAAGUUUUCGCUAGAUAACUCUAGUUUUUCAGCCUCCCUCCCCCCCCUCCUGAUAAUUAUUGCACAGUCCCUUAUAAUAUUUUUUUUUUGUGGCACUGUUAGGGGUCAACAAGCCUGCUUGGCUCUAAUCAGUUCUUUUUUAUUUUUCUUACUAUAAACAAGGUAACUCUACGUUAUUCGUUACCAGUCGCAUUGUUGGUGGCAGAGUAACGUCCAUUAUCAAAUGGCCAUGGCAAGUGGGACUCUUGCAGUCACGUGAUAUUUUCUGUGGUGGGUCACUGCUAAACCAGGAGUGGGUGUUAACCGCUGCUCAUUGUGUUUCGGAUUUCGCCGGAAGGGGAUCAGGCUGUGUAAAGCCUAAAGCGUGGAGACUCAUGGUGGUUUUAGGAGAGUCUGAUCUGAAAAAAGACGAAGGACGUGAAAUACACAGAGGUUAGUAAUUUAUUCUUUUCUUAACCCUCGGACGUACUCAAAGUCAUAUCCCCCAUCGUGGUGCAAAGGUGGGGGGCGGUUGAGGGAACCCCUCCCUAGAGUUUUUUAUAUGUUGAAGUAUGUCGAAAAGAUUUUACCUUGAGUGGAAAGUCUUUAAUCUUCUUGAGAAGAUGAGGUAUAAGUAUAAUUUAUGGGUGGUGGCGCUGCUGGAGGCCUGUAACGUCACCAAACCUGGUUACCAUCUUGGUCGCCACCUUGGAUUUUACCAAGAACUAGAAAUUAGGAAAAAACGGCGAGAAUUAGCAAUUUUUUGUGCUCGAUGUGUAGAAUAAUACGUAAAUAAGUGCUUCGCUUCAUUUUAUCCACCAGGCUCCUGAUCCACAAGAUUUUCUUUUAUCGUUGAAAGAAGUUGAAAAAAAAUGCAUUUUCACUCAAAAAUGGCUUGACCACCUGCUACUGAUGACGUCAUAUCUCGUAACCGUAGUAACUCGUCAUCUCUAAACUUGCCUCAAAAUGCGCGUUAGGAAUAAACAAACAGCUACUGAAAACUUCAGGUGCUAAUGUUUAAUCCUCUAGGAAAAAACUCAGAAAAAACCUUACACCACCCCCCUUCUAUUUUAAGUCGAAGGGUUAAUACUGAACUGUUUCGUCUUUACUUUCUCCCUGCCUCUCGUUCGCCUCCGUUUGCAAAGCAGUUCAUUGUCUCUAUAUGUUUUUUAGUUUAACUAUCUGAAUUCAUAUUCAUCUUAGGUGUGGACCAAGUUUGUACGCACCCAAAAUACGACGACAGAACUAUGGACUACGACAUUGCCCUGCUACGUCUUGAUAAAGCAGUGAGCUACAGUGACGCGAUGCGUCCCAUAUGCUUGCCUAGCUCCACCGAAAACUUCCCCAGUGGCACUCAAUGCGUCGUGACGGGCUGGGGCAAAAUAAGAGAUUCAGGCCCUGUUUCGGAUAAGCUGCGUGUAGCUUCUGUACCUAUUAUUGAUCAUAACAAAUGCAGACAGAUGUACGGAGGAAACCGUAUCACAGAGCGCAUGACCUGUGCUGGAUAUGAACGUGGUGGGAUUGACAGUUGCCAAGGUGACAGUGGAGGUCCCCUUGCUUGUAUGGAAAAUGGAACACUGGUAUUGGCUGGAGUCGUCAGCUGGGGAUUCGGAUGCGCCGAUGAGAGGCAACCUGGAGUAUAUGCAAACACCAUAAACUUGAAGUCCUGGAUUGAAGGGAUAAUGGAUUAAACUUGAAGAAAGAGCGGCAAUGUCUAAACAGCCCCAUUAGUUACCACGCAAACAGUAGUAAAUAUCAAAAAGGGAAAAGGUCUCAAAAUCUUGUUGCACUUUUGAAGUGCUAGAAUUUUUAUUGCUCAGCAGGAAAUGUGUUCACAAUGCGCAUAGUGCUCUGUCGAGGAGCCUGUAGCAAUCUUGGCUAUUUUUGUACGACACAGUUCGUUAACAAUUUACAGAAUUACGAUUCUAUGAUUGAAUCUAGGAAUAAGAGUUACCGUAAGUAAUUAAUUGAUUAAUGCAGAUAACGCUCCCUUUACGCGAAUAAGGAGGAUAGAUUAAAACUUGAGAGGAUUCGGAAAGCAUUUUUCAACAAUUACCAAAUCCUUUUCCUGCCGACUAUAAAAGACAGGAGUCGAGUUUUAUUACAGAUUAUACAUCAACAGUUACUGUUUAGCUGUCAAGGUUAACAAUUUGUCCCUGAUAUUUAUAGAAGAUUUGCCCCUGCAGGGAGAGAAAUCGUAGCCACAUUAAGUUAUAAACGGUGGCCGUUUUUAUAGCUAUUACCUAACAUUCUAUACAGGUGGUGACAUUCGAGUUUCAUUAAACAGCUUAAGAUUCUGAGCGCGGCCAUUCUUGUUACUAACGCAUCUUUUGUCUUUGUAUAAAUGAAGACUCAUAAAAGUCAUAUCGAUAAUCAGAUAAUACAGACAUUGUCCUGUCCCAUUGCUUCUCUUUUAAGGAGGGUUGAAAGUAUCUCCUUCCUUCGAGGGUGGAUUUUAAAAAAUGUGCUUCUUGAAUCGCUACCCAGAUAAAACUGGUGUAAAAGUGUCAUACCUCUUAUAAGAACGUUGAACCUGGGCAUCCCAGAAAAACAAAAACCAAUUCCCUGAUGCCUUGGGAGAUGCAACCCACAAACUCUGGAGUGUUUCCUUUGCUGAUGCGUUUACAGAUAACCAAGACAACGACCUAUGCUAAAACUAACCACUUAUUUCGCUCCUAGCUUGGACCCUGGAUCCUUGACUUGUCCGAUACCAACAAAUCUAAAGGGCAGUGUAACUGGGAAUUUAGAUCUACAGUGAAACCCGCUGGCCUGCUCGCAGGCUCAUUUGUUCGAGGGCGAGAGCGAUUAGCGACCAAGUGAGCGGCAAAACCUCGAGACAAUUUCGGGCUUGGGCUAAGACAGGGGCUGCCAAGUCCUCCCCCCGCCACGCCUCUGUCUGCUCUCAUGUUUAGUGAAGAAUUUGGCCGGUAGUAUCAGUGGUACACGGUCGUAUCUCACAGCCCUUUUUAAGUGACGUCACCUUUCUAAAGAUAUGACCACUUUAGAAGUGAACGACACGACAUUUUAUUGUCACUUAAUUGAAAGUAAGAAAAAUAAAAUAUAAUUAUUCCGUCUAAAGUUUUAUUCUUGUUCGUAACUUCAUAUACACGCUUUUUGGUUUGAGUGACUACUGGCGCAUAAACUGUGCGGUAGAGUGUGAUGCCAACUGAAAUCCACUGAUAGGGCCCUAGCCACGCUAAAAUUCAUCGAAAUUUUCUAAAACAGUAAACGAACUAGCCUUCCACGCGGACGUUGUUCUGGCUUCGUCCUGCGCUCCUUCAUAGUUUUGACUAUGAACGAACAUCAACUGGACAUUAUAUAAAAGGCGUAAAUAGUCGCGUAAAUAUGGUUCACCAGCGAGGCAGCGAGGAAUCAAAACCCGGUCUCUUUUCAUAUUAGUCAGAAUGUUAUACCGCUACACCACCGGUGUGAACAGCACGGGCGAAACAAACAAACCAUUUCUAAUUACGUCAUUGAAGAGCAUUAGGUAACUCCGCUGAGAAUACGACGUCACUUAAGAUCAAGAGAGGAUGAUGACGAUUAGGUUCCAUCAUCCUCUCGCUUGCUUAUGGAAAACUCGACCUAAACUCUGCGAUCUAAAAACAACCGCCAAGACCAAGUGGUCUUGGUCCUCUUUAUCCUUGGGAAAAUGAAUAAUACUAGCUUUCAUUAUCAUACAGUCAAACAGCUUCUCACCGACUGUCUCUAGCACGGACACUGGUACUGGCCGGAGAAACACCAAAGACCGCCAAACCGCCGUUUACAGUCCUAACCUCUACAGUACAGACAUAUCUACUAUGCGGACAGUUGGUUCUGUCCCUUCUCUAUCUGUGUAAGGAGGUUUGAUCGCCAGUCUAGCGUAAUUUACACAAAAGUGUGCAAUUAUCGCGUAAAACUUUCCCUUAUAGAGUAAACUAUUUUUCUUUAAUUUGUGGAGAAGGCGGGGGUAAAUUAAAUCAUUGCUAAAUUCUUUUCAGUUGUCGAUGGUCAUUGGGGUCCCUGGAGCGAAUGGACGCUCUGUUCCAAAUCAUGUGGUAUUGGUGAGUCAAAAAGGCAACGAUUCUGCAACAACCCACCACCUCAAAAUGACGGCAGACCUUGUAUCGGGAACAGUGAAGAAACACGGCGAUGCUUACGGCAGUAUUGUGCCACAGGUAUAUAACUCUGAGAUUCCGCUCUGUAGUCUGAGAAAACAGUCGAGAUUUCGCGACACUUGUUUCCUUUCGAAAUGACGUCUGGUACGCUUGAAAGCGAUACGCGGAGGGGAGGGGGGGGAUUUGGGGGGGGUGAGAAGCCAGCCAGGUAGUAGCCCCGUUUCGCUGGAAGCCGUAAGAAACAACAGACUGCUUGUAGUGUAUCAGUAGGCAGUAGUAUACGUUUAAUUUUCAUCUCGCUCGAAAAAGUAAUCUAAAAUGGGUCAAAAUAAACUGUUAUAUGAUAACGUUGUGACUUAGACUUUUUAACAGUGUGGAAGUUGAUCUCUCCUGAUAAAGGGCUCCUGCUUUACGCUAUUUAUGAUUUAAAGGGGCCGAUGCUUCUUAUCGUUAUUUACAUAGUUUUUUUUUGUUGUUGUUCAUCUUAGUGGCAACGACUGUUACACCAACACCUCCAACGCCGACAACAGCAGAAAUAUGUGGUCGCCCAAAGAUAGGUCGCAUAGUGGGAGGCCAGAUUUCAUCUAAUGUAAACUGGCCGUGGCAGGUUGGGCUCCAGAAGAUGGAUGAUGACUUCAUUUUCUGUGGAGGGUCCAUAAUCAAUCAUGAGUGGGUGGUGACCGCUGCCCAUUGUAUUUAUCGUAACAAUCCCAGCAGAGAGGGGUGCGUGGCGCCGAGUCCCGGAUUAAGAGUUGUGAUUGGGGAGUUUGAUGUGGAGAACAUUGAAGGACACGAAGUUCACAAGAGUAAGGGUUGAUUUCCCCGUGGCGUAAUUUCUACGUGCGUACGUGCGUAAAAUUCACGUUCGCAAAUAAAAUAGAAGCAAUGUAUGAAAGGUGGCACGUAAGGUUAAAAGUAGCAAACUCGCUCAAUUUCACGUUUAAGCUCAGCACUUUUUAUCUUGCCUCUAUUUUAUUUACGUGAUUAAAAUUUACGUGAGUUAACGUGCGUAGCCUAAAACGCGUCACUGGAAAUCAAACUUAAGUUGAGAGUAAUAUGAAUUAUUCAAGGCGCAUUUUUGCAGUUCCCUUCUAUGCGUGACCAAGCAAUUUGGUUGAAAAGCAAGGUAAAAUCAAACCCCUAGUCUGACCUUUGUGAUCAUUGGUCUUUGUGAUGGUCAUUUUACUGAUAUGUUGCAUAGUCACAUUCGUUUAUAACAGACCUCAUUUUUUGCUUUUGACAUCAGACACUGAGUGAAAUGUCAGUUACUUACUUGAUACCUGAAACAGCAAGAGAGUCAUUGUCAUAAUGUACUCUUGUAGAGAAGGACCUGUUUUCACAAAGAGUCACCCUCUUGCACUGCUAAAAUCAAAUCUUAAGCUCAUUCAAGUGAAGGUCCUAUUUGCUUUUCUACGUUUUAAAGAAACCUUCGAAAGGGCGUUUCUCAUUAAAACACGCUCCAACCCGGAUAAGUCAGUGCCCCUGUCAGCAGUUUGAAUCGACCUUUGUCACGCGGCGGCCAUUUUUGUCUCAGGAGAUUUAAAAAGCUUUGUUUAUGCACGGCUAGCCUCGUUUUCUCUACGAGGUCUGUAAGGUCAAAAUGCACCAGUACCGCGAAUGAUUGCCACCUUAAUUUCACUAACUAGUGUUUGAUUCUAAUACCUCUGAUUGCUUCUGCAGCCAUAUCAGAGGUGUGUAUGCAUCCUGAAUACGAUCACAGUAUUUACAACAACGAUAUUGCCCUCCUGAGAUUUGACAGCCCUCUUCCGGGUUAUAACGAGACCAUGCUUCCAGUCUGCCUUCCGAGCCCUGGAAAAAACUUCCCGACGGGGACAAACUGCUCAGUAACAGGAUGGGGUAAAACGAGCCAACAUGGGUGGGUCUCCAGAAAACUCCGUGUGGCCCACGUCCCAAUAAUGGAUCACGCCGAAUGCAAGAAAAAUUAUCUUCAACGCACGGGAGAUAUUGUUACGGACCGGAUGAUUUGUGCCGGAUUUCAGGCGGGGAAGAUCGAUAGCUGUAAGGGCGAUAGUGGUGGUCCUUUCGUGUGUAAAGAUAGAGGUAGAUAUGUUCUCGUUGGAGCCACAAGUUGGGGAGUUGGAUGUGCACAGGCAGACCAGCCUGGCGUUUACACUGACAUCAAGGACUUUAGGACGUGGAUCGAUGGUGUGAUUUCUCCUGAACCAUAAGCAAGGAUCCAUUGAGGUCCUACUAACUGUAACUAUUAAUGACAAUGGGGUAAUUUUCUGUAAUAAAAACUACAAUUUUCACUCAGUCUUAAAUGUUUACCUUACAAUGAUAUAGGCAGGACACCUUCCAAUACAGGCGAAUCAAAAAAAUGUUAAGAUGCAAAACAGUCCCUUCUUUCUCUCAAACAGAUCCCAGACAUUCGCAUGACAAACCAUAGCAAGGAAAUAAAUGACUUUUAUUCGGUCUAGAAGAAAAUACGCUUGUGUGAGCAAGUGUUAAUUAGUUUGCGAAAUUGACUGUUGUGAUAAGCAGGAAACAACUAAUUUACUUAUUUCUGUUUGAUGUAGAUACCUACAAUGCCAAUGUUUGCUUGAAAAUCCAAUGUUAAGUAUAGAAAAAGGAGAGCAAGCGUGAGGUGAAGGUUUGCUCCCUAACCCUGCGUCAAGUAGGGGUGUAACUAUUUGGUGCUCUAAAUACAACAGUCUUGUACCUCAAGUUAUCGUAUGCUCGCCCAUUUUAAAUAGUCAGAGUAUCAUAGACGGCCGAAAUAAAGAUAAUUUUAUUUAUUGUUAAUUUUUUUCAAACGAAUUAACAAUCUUGAC